CGGGGAGCCACCAAGGUACCUGACGUGUAGACACUUUACUCAUAGUCGCUAGCCUGAAGUCCAUCAUCUCAAGGACCUUGAGAGCUAUACCCCAGACAUGGUGGUAGGGUCAGCUGGAGAUAGCUUGGUUCAACCGCAGAGAAGUUGAACCCAGGGAUGAGCUGCACUCGGCUCGGGACCUGCUAUCGAUAAGAUCGCCCAUGAAAUCUUCUCCACCCAAGCUCCGUCACCACCACCGUCACUACUGUCACCAUCUCCCCAGUCACACACCCUCAACCAACCUAUUGAUCCUCCUUCCUCCCUCCCUCUACCUCUUCACCCCCCACCUCUCACCCAAACCAACAACCCAAAAUGGUAAAACCCCUAACCUUCAAAGGCGACAAGCCCAAGAAACGCAAACACACCACAGACUCCUCCACUUCCUCCGCACCCAAAAAGAAACCGACCCUGACCACCUCCUCCGAAUCCCAACCCCCCGCAAUCAACGAAGAAGAAGACGCCUCCACCCUCUCCGACCAAUCCUGGGUCUCAGCCGACACGCCAACCGACAUCUCGGGCCCCAUCCUCCUCGUCCUCCGCACCAACCCACCGACAUGUCUCGCGACGGACGCGCACGGGACGGUCUUCGCUAGCCAAAUCGAGAACUUGAUUGAGGGGGAUCCGGCGACGGCGGAACCGCAUGAUGUUCGGCAGGUGUGGGUUGCGACGAAGGUGGCGGGGAUUGAGGGGUGGAGUUUGAGGGGGGGGAGUGGGAAAUACCUCACCAGCGACAAACACGGAAUUCUCUCCGCCGCUGCCUCAGCCGUUUCACGACACGAGAUCUUCACCAUCACCGAGUCGGAGAGUGGCGGGGGUGGGUUCUUUAAUGUAGGGACGGCGAGCAGUGCGACUACAACCGGUGAUGCCGAUACGCCGGAAGGACAAGCUCAAGGGAAGGAGAACAAGAACAAGCCGACGUUUCUCUGUGCCAAGGAGGUGUUGUCCAAGACGACGGCAUCCGGGGUCAAGGUUGAGGUGCGCGGGGAUGAGACCAAGGUAGAGUCGAAUGAAGGGACGAAUGUCCGGGUGCGGAUGCAGGCGCGCUUCAAGCCGCGCAUUCAGGCGAGUAAGGAGAUCAAGGCGCGGGAGAAGAUCGGGCGGAAGGAGUUGGAGGGCAUUGUGGGGAGGAGGUUGGAUGAGGAUGAGGUGCGGAGGUUGCGGAAGGCGAGAAAGGAGGGCGAUUUUCAUGAGGCCGUGUUGGAUGUGAAGGUGAGGGGGAAGCAUGAUAAGUUUGCGUGAGGGUUUACUCGGUACAAAAUCCUUAUAGAGGCAUCUAUGUAUUCAUAUCAUGUCGGAAUGGCUGUAUACACACUCCAUAUAUUCAUGUCUAU